CGUCAUCAAAGGCGACGAAACGCGGAUGUCAGAGUGCAGUAAACGAAACGUUAAGCUGUAAACUUUGAAUCGGUCGGGUUUAUCGUAUCAUCCAGAGGCAGAAGCAUGGAAGAAUCAGCUGCCAUUUAUGGAAACACUGAGAUGGAUAUGAAAGAGGACACGUGUGACAUAAACACCUUGGAGAUCAUGACUGUGACCAUUAAGGAGGAGGACUGUGAGUGGAAGUCUGAGCACCUCAAACAGGAGAGUCUCUGCAUUAAAGAAGAGGAUUAUGAACUGGUGACUGUGGGCAUUGACGAGAAGGCUGAGGAGACGUCUGCCAUCACCGAGACAAAGAAAAUUGUGUCUGUUAGACCUCGAGACGAUCAGCCAUCUCCUUCAAAUCAGUCUGGAGAAACAUUUAUAUCUAAAUUCGAGACAUCUGCUCUGUCUGUUUUACAAGAGAGGAAAAAAAAGUUUAACCAAAAAUGUAAACUUGAUGAUAAGCAGGGCCGUCGUACAAGAAAGAAGACACAUUCCUGUUCUGAAUGUGGCAAAUGCUUCAGCUGCAGUAGUCUGCUUGAGAAUCACAAAAGAGUUCACACGGGAGAGAAGCCGUAUUUCUGUACUGAAUGUGACAAACGAUUCUCACAAAUGAGCCAUCUUCGAACCCAUAAAAGAAUUCAUACUGGAGAGAAACCGUAUAGUUGUUCAGAAUGUGGCAAACGAUUCUUACAAAUGAGUUAUCUUCGGAGCCAUGCAAGAAUUCACAGCGUCGAGAAACCAUAUCGCUGUAUGGAAUGUGGCAAACAAUAUAUUUACAGUUGCAGUCUUAAAAUGCACUUAAGAACUCACAGUGGAGAAAAGCCUUAUUGCUGUACUGAAUGUGGCAAAUGCUUCAGCUGCAGUAGCCUGCUCGAGAAUCACAAAAGAGUUCACACGGGAGAGAAGCCGUAUUUCUGUACUGAAUGUGACAAACGAUUCUCACAAAUGAGCCAUCUUCGAACCCAUAAAAGAAUUCAUACUGGAGAGAAACCGUAUAGUUGUUCAGAAUGUGGCAAACGAUUCUUACAAAUGAGUUAUCUUCGGAGCCAUGCAAGAAUUCACAGUGGUGAGAAACCAUAUCGCUGUAUGGAAUGUGGCAAACAAUAUGUUUACAGUUGCAGUCUUAAAACGCACUUAAGAACUCACAGUGGAGAAAAGCCUUAUUGCUGUACUGAAUGUGGCAAGCAAUUCUCAAUAUUAGGCAACCUUCAAGCCCACCAAACAAUUCACACUGGAGAGAGGCCAUAUUGCUGCUCUGAAUGCGGAAAAGAUUUCUCAAAGAAAGUUAACCUUAAGAAACACAAAAGAAUUCACAGUGGAGAAAGGCCAUAUUGCUGUUCUGAAUGUGGUAAACGAUUCUACAGCAGUAGCUGCUUUAGGAGACACACAAAAAUUCAUACUGGAGAGAGGCCAUUUUGCUGUGCAGAAUGUGGAAAAGGAUUCAUCAGAAAUAGUCAUCUUCAGCAACACUCAAAAAUGCACAGUAGAGAGAAACAAAAUUAAAAAAUAAUGGUAAAACUGAUAUGUGCUGAUUCUUCCAAACAGUCGUGGAAACGUUUUCUUGUCUGUUUACACACAGACACGCAACAAAGUUGGCAGAUUAUGUCACUAUGCAAAAAAUACAACUUGCUGGGACCACACCACAGACCGAAUAACAGAAAAGAAAGUGGUAUUAAACAAUUAGAACAUACUAAUACCAUCUGAUGGCAAACCAGGCAAAGAUAAAAUGCUCUGAUAAAGCAUGGAUCAUUGCUGCUUCAGUCCGAAGUGAUAUUCUUGAUCAAAUAUCAAGAAAUGCAAUCUGCACAUGUGGAAAAAUUCAACUGACUUUGUAUCAGAUUAGUCCCAUCCGGAUGCCCUUCCAAUUAGCACCUUAUCAUAUCUAUUACAGAAGGAAAAUCUCUUAGGCUUGGCGUAGUACAUCAAUUAUCCCUAAGAGAAUAAAAACCAUAGUAGUGAAAAAACACUUCAAGACUGAGGAGCACUCCUGUCCUAAAAAAUAAGGAAGCCAAGCCUUUGUUGAGAAAUUAACAACAAUUUAUUUCUUGUAUAGCCCAAAAUCACACAAGGAAUACAUCAAUGGGCUUUAACAGGCCCGUUUCUGUUUUUGACAGCCUCCUGAGGAGUCAGACAAACCAGACACAGUUAGGGUCCUAGAGACGUUGGCCGACAAGCCACCUUCCCCUUUUGGCCAUUAUACAGCCGAGUUAGUGCUGGGCCAGCCAAUCUGAUGAAAGGACCCUUCUACCCAAUGAUUCCAGUGUUCCUUUAUCUGAGAUGACUAUUCCAUAGGCAAGCAGACAAAUUGGUAGUAGAGCAGUGGCACCAAGUGCCACAUGUGAGUACCAAGAAGAGAACCUGAACAGGCAAGAGUUAGUAACAGUUUAUAAAUAGCAUAUUACUUAUGUUUUUGUGCUAAUGACUAACAACAGAGAUGCAGUCUAUACAGCUAAUCAGCAGCUCUAGUCAGGGUAUGCUAAACAACAACAACAACAACAACAUUUAUUUAUAUAGCACAUUUUCAUACAAAAAGUAGCUCAAAGUGCUUUACAUAAUGAAGAAAAGAAGAAUAAAAGACAAAUAAGAAAUUAAAAUAAGACAACCUUAGUUAACAUAAAAAGGAGUAAGGUCCGAUGGCCAGGGUGGACAGAAAAAACAAAAAAAAAACUCCAGAAGGCUGGAGAAAAAAAUAAAAUCUGUAGGGGUUCCAGGCCACGAGACCGCCCAGUCCCCUUUGGGCAGUACAGCAGUAGUGAGUCUUCAGCUGGGAUUCGGAAGCUGAAAAUGAAGGGGCAUCUCUUUUAGCAGCAGCUAGACCACUCUAUAACUUUGAGGUCCUGGAGCAUAAAGUUCAACCUCUCACUGUUAUUUUAUCAAUCUUUGGAAUCAUAAGCAGACCGGCAUCUUGAGAUCUUAUGGUGCGCUUUGUUUUGUAAAUAAUGAUAAGUUCAGAUAAGAAAGCUGGACCUUAGUCAUUUAAGGCUUUAUAUUUUAAAAGUAGUAUUUUCAAAUCUGCCCUAAACUUAACUGGGAGCCAGUAUAAGGCUUUAAUAAUUGGAGUGAUGUGUUUCUACUUUCUGGUUUUUGUAAUUCUUCUUGCAUCAGAAUUUUCAAUUAACUGAAAACUCCAUAAAGAUUUGAGCUGCCAGUGAACACAGCAAAUCCUCCUAGAAAUAAAUGCAUAACUUAAUUUCUCAGUAUUAUGCAUAUCUAGAACACCCUUUUACCCUUUCGGCCCUGACAUCCUAUUACUACUACAUAUAUACGCAGCCAUUUUUGUAAAACACAGGUAUGUUUGCAGCCGUUGGAACCAGGCGUGCUACUGUUAGUGCAGACUGGAUCGAGGUGGCAGGUGGCUUCUGUACACCACAUAGUAAGUAGCUCCAUUUUCAAUUUUAUUUCUUCAAGAAGACAGAAGUAUUUGACAGCAAUUGUAUAAUAAUAGUGUUGUUUUUUUAUUUUUGAGCUUCCUAGACGCCCCAAAGGUAGAAUAUCUCACAAAAUAAUGUUUCCCAUAAAAACAGAAAAUCCAGGGCUGAAAGCGUUAAUUGUCCAAUAUUUUUAAGAUGGAAGAAAAACAUGUUUUGGAUAGAGACGUCACGAUAACAGGACUAACAAAAAGAAACCCCCCAUGUUCAUCGUGACUAAAUAUCGUAACACUAUAUAAACCGUAAAAAGAAGGGUCAUUAGGAGCAGUGCAGGUGCUCAAAUGAAAAGGAAUAAGAGCCUCAGCAGUACAGAGAAACCCCCCGGUCUCAAACGUGAAGCCCAUUCCUGUCUUGAUAGUAAGCACACCAAGAAAUUCUGAUGAAAUUACCCCAGUAAGAAGCUAUAUUGCAUGUGUGUUAAACGUUUCCUUGCUGUGGCAAUCUUCAGAAACAUAUCGUAAUAUGCAAUCUGAGGUGUGCCUGGUACGGAAUAAAACAACUCUGAUUGUUCGAUUUGAUUUUUUGAUCUACGGUAUUUCUCAAAAUGAACUUACUGGCCCAUUUUAAUGUCCUUUUAAAUCCUGUCGUCAGCUAUAAUAAGAGGCAUUACUAGAACUGCUUACAGGUGUUAUGUCAAGCCCUCACAUCAGAUUUAGGAUAGUGAAAAAGCUCAGCACCUUGACAUCAGUCAUGAGCGAUACUGAUUU